UUCAGCGUCGCCCUGAUCGCAGCGUACGAGUUUAAAAUUUUCGUAGGCGGUUGCACCAUCUAGAAGCUUGAAAUCUAUGAAUCAUGCACGGUUAAAACAGCUUGACAGACUCAAGCAUUUGGAUGGUAUUGUUGUGUAGCGUAGUUAGAUACUUGGAAAGCGAUUUACGAUAUUUCAGGAUGGGCGUAAUUUUCUUGGAACACAUCGGAGGUACUCGGUUGUUCUCCUGCGCUUCUUGUGACACCAAUCUUACAAACAGAGGUCAGCUGAUAAGCACGCGUUUUACGGGCGCGACAGGCCGUGCUUUUCUAUUUAACAAAGUCGUCAACUUGAAUUACAGCGAGGUACAGGAUAGAGUGAUGUUGACGGGUCGUCACAUGGUCCGAGAUGUCAGCUGCAAAAACUGUGAUGCUAAACUUGGGUGGGUGUAUGAAUUUGCCACAGACGAGAAUCAACGAUACAAGGAAGGCCGUGUCAUCCUGGAACGUGCUUUAGUCACUGAGAGCGAUGGAAUGGGCGAUAAUAUUUAAUAACAUACAUAUAAGUAGCACGCCAUAGGAUAAGAAUACCUUAUAGUCAGUUGUCCUACUUCUCUGUGUUCUUUCAUUAUUUGGAAUAAUCAAAAAGAAAAGAUUAUUGUAUGAGUAUACGAUGAUUUAUAUUUAAUAUCUAAUAUCUAAUAUUUUUGUAAACAUAAAACAUAUAUCAUUAUUUUAAAGCUAUUUUUCAUUCGACAAUGUAUUUUGUGUUAGGUCACAUUUAAAAUAAACGUUUGGUCUAUUAUUGUGUUAGAACUUUAAAUAUUAUAAUGUUUUUCUAUAUUAAAAUUUAUUGUAAAGAAAGAUAUAGAUUAUACUGAAUAAGUAAGAUAAAUUGUAAACUACGACCAAAUAUAUUAAUUAACUUAAUAAA